UCGAUUGUUGAGAAUCAGUCUUGGGUUGAUAUUUCAAAGAUAUUCUGCAAGAAAGCAGUUAGACACUCCGUUGAGUGUUUUGUUCAGUACACAGAAUUAUAUUCCGUAUACUAGUUUUCCUUGUCUUCUAUAUGACUCUUUUCACGAUGGAGAAAUCGGUCUGUAACUCUGCAACAGGCAUUUCUCAGGAUAGCAUAGGAAAGUCUCGAGUCCAUCAUCGCUUAUUUUCAAUGAUUGUUUGUAUUGUUGUGCUUUUAGAUCAAUUCUCUAUUGAUACGAGUAUGUCUUUUGAAAUAUUACGGAUAGAGGGCUUUAGAUAACGAAAGCUGAAUAAACUUGUAUUUUGAAAGCAAGGGAACAGUUUUUAGUUCAAAAUAUACUCAACUUGUUGGGAACCAUGAAAUAAAGCAAGCAAAAGAACACUGCUGAAAAUCAUGGUUGUGUCCACCUGGUAAAAUGUUUUGACGAUAGCGACUGUAGCUACUAGUCCGUUUUGAGAAACGCCUUUGUUUUUAUGAAUUACUGGGUUUACCAAAAGUUAAGUUUUGUCUAAAGAAUAUGUAAGUCGUAAGAGUGAUAAAGUUGAAACAAGUAUUGCUGCUGUUUCUGAAAGGCAUCUAUUGCAAAUCGUCUUUGGUCCUUAUAUAGUUGAAGAGGAGGGUAACAUUAGUAGUACGGUGUGAAUGGGAAACAAUGCGACUUGUGUGAAACAGUAUUUGCCUUUUCAAGAGUGCUGCUGAUCUGUUUUUUU